GCAAAUUGUUAAAGAUAAGAAAUGAAAUGGUUUAAACCAACAAGGAUUAAAUUGAUGUAAAAGUUAAAAAAGAAAAAAUGAGAAACUUGCUGCUAGCAUAUUUUAUAUGUGCUAAUAUUAAUCUGGCAAUAUUCACCAAGGACGAUAAAGGGAGUCGCGACGACGAUGAAGACGACGGUGUUCAUUAUUUGAAGGACAACCAAGGAUCUUCCAAUAACUUGGAUCAGUCAGAGUCAAGCUGCUGGAUGACACUAAAUACUCCUCAACUAUUUGACGCCAUGGAUGCAAUUGACGAUCGUUACAAUGAAACCAGGAAUAGUGUUCAAAAGGCUCUGAUGGAGAGAAAUUUUGACCAGACCAUGAUACAAGGACUCGUAGACUCUAGAGGGGCUGCACUCCGCGAAGUCCACAAACUUGUACACAAGGGGGCGGUGAUACCCUCAGGACUUCACUUGGGUGGCCAAUGUAUGCUGAGAAUGAUAGACUCCUUAAUGUUCUUUCACCGUAUGAAACUUCGCAACCACACUCAUUUCCGUGUGACUGAUCUGCACAAUGAUAUCACCAAUUUGAUGAUGACUGCAACGCUGUCACUUUACGACCUGCACCUCCAAGGAGCGUACGAAAGGACACUCACUGAUACAGACCCUUCAGUCCUCAUCUAUGCACCCAGUUUUGGAGAAGUAGAGUUUCUCUUAAGGAAUGUCGUAUACACAAUGGAAGGACGAUACAGAAUUAAUGACAGCCGUCUAACUAUUGAACUGGUUACUUCAACCGUUACCGUUCAUGAAGUAUUAAUGACGUACGUAACCCAAGCUAUUGAAAGUGCGUCAAUAUCCGUAGGACCAGAAAACAUGGGUGACUUUCUCCGCAGACUGAAAAACGACUUGGAUAUUUGGAUGAAAGAAUACUUCAACGACUACCUGAUAUACGUCAACCUCGCUAGAAUAGACAACAUAAAAGAAUUAGAAAAAUACGACAAGGAGAAAACUAUAGCAUUACAAGAGUAUAUGGACGCUUCCAUAGCCCUUAUUAAAGCCAGAGUACAAAAAUUGAAUGCACAAAUUAUCAACAUACCAAACUUCACACUGAAAUCCAUUCAUGGCUUGCAAAUAAGACUGUUCGAUGGAACUCUGCACGGACUGGAUUCCAUGUACCGGCGAUCAGUACCCACUGGUGUUAAAUUUCUACAACUACGCAAAGUCGACGCCAUCGUUGGAUUUAGUGCUUUAAAGGUAGUGUACAAAUAUGAAGCAAUAAUACCAACGGGAGUACCACCUUUGUCUGGUGAGCUGACCAUGACAGCGAAUGAAGCAGCCGCCUACCUCGGUCUGCUGGCGGUCAAAGACCCUGACACCGUCGACUUGGACAUCUACUUCUUGGAUGAAAUGAAGCCCGGGUCUCUGACGGUUGAAGGUCCUGCAAACACAUUGAUAUCGAACUUCAAACACCUGCUUGAACAUGAGAUUCUUACACUCAUGUCGGCCUCUCUGAUACAUGGCAUAGAAAUGCUCCAAUCUCUACCUCAUUGUGCACCAUUCGUACCAGGCCAACUUGUAACAAAGAAACCACCGGAACAGGAUUAUACAAUCAUUAAGCUUCUUAAUAUUAGUGACACCAAGCAGGAUAAAGAAGUACUUAACCAUCAUGAUUCCACCAACGACGACGUUGACGAAUCUCUAAGCAGCCUUAGCGAUGACGACAAUGAUGAUGAUAGCAACAGUAAAGAAUAUUCAGCGAGGAAAAACAAUCCAAGUAAAGCAUUAUUCGGUCGGUCAAAGAACAAAAAGAAAACUAAAAAGUAUACUACGGCUAAGAUAUCAAAAAAAAUCAGUAACAAAAACAUAGAGGACACUAGAAAUAUAACGAAACGUAAUUAUGCAUAAGUGUGAUAUAAAUAUUUGAAAUGUAUACAA